UGGCGAUAGAGGUGGCAACGCCUCUAUCGCCACCAAGUGGCAACAAUGAUGUGUACAGUAUUUACCUAAAAUAAAUCAAACUUCCAUUUACAGUGCAUCGCAACAGUAUCCAUAGCUGUUGAGCUUUCUCAUAUUUUACAUUUUCUUUACAUUUUUACAUUUUAUAUUUUCUAACUACAACAAUGCACUACUUUGUAUUGAUCUACCACUUAAAUCCCAUUAUAGCAUUUGAAAAUUGCAAUUUUCAAGUGAUAAAAUGUAGAAAAGUACAGAGGCACAAACGUCUUUGUAAGGCACUAUUUAGAUGAUAAAAUAUUAAACAACAAAAACAUUUUGAUCUACUAACUGGGACCAGUGAUGUCCAACAGCUUCUAAAUGACCCCGAUCUUUCCCCCUUUUAUGGCCCACUCCAAGUUUAUGUGAUGACAACAUGGCCGCUGCCAGCUGGAACUUCAACAAAGUGUCCUAGUGUCCUUCUGUCAUGGAAUGGCUUUCAUUUUUUUUGUCUAACUAACUAUCUGUGUGCUGUUUUCUGUGCGAAUAUAUUUAGUAUGCAGUAUUACGCUGCUGGCCUCCCACUCCACCCUGUGUGAGCUGCAGUGAGACAAGCUGCCCUGUCAAAACAGAGGCACUGCUUCGGACAUCUGUUGUUCUGUGGAGGGACUGUGGAUGUGGAAGCGCACAGAGGAUCAUCGAGACGCCUGUGGACCUCUGACUAAAUUGGAUAGGUGCUGAAGAUCUCACUGAUUGACCAAGAAUUAAGUGGAUAAAGGCUCCUAAUCUAAAUAGUUAUUAGUUAGAGCUACAGGGUUGGAGUCAAGAGGUUCUUCACUUAUUGACGGAGGCGGUUUCCGGAUCAACCAUGGCAUCAACCGGUCUCCAGGUGCUGGGUUUGGUGCUGGCCCUACUAGGUUGGGUAUGUGGGGCUUUGGUGUGUGCAGCUCCGCUGUGGCGCAUAUCAGCCUUCGUGGGGGGAGAGCUAGUGAUUGCCCAGGUGUUGUGGGAGGGUUUGUGGAUGAACUGCCUGUCUCAGACCACCGGCCACAUCCAGUGCAAGGCCUAUGACUCCACCUUGGCCCUCCCUACGUCAGCCCAGGCAGCUCGAGCGCUGACGGUUCUUUCCCUGCUUCUCAGCGUUCUGGCGGUCAUGCUCGGUGUUGCUGGGGCCAAGUGUACCCACUGCAUGGGCGACAGCAACCAGGCCUCCAAAGCCCGGCUGGCCAGGAUAGCAGGGGUGCUCCUCAUCGUGGCUGGUCUCAGCUACUUGACGCCCAUCUGUUGGACUGCCUAUGGCACGAUUAGAGACUUUUAUGAUCCAAAUGUUGCAGCGCCUUUAAAGAGAGAACUGGGGCCUGCGUUGUACCUGGGCUGGGGGGCCAGUGUGCUCCUCCUGCUGGGGGGAGCUCUGCUUCACGUCGGCUCCUCUGCGCCUGGAGGAAGAGCGCUGCCCGUAUCUGGAGCCAGAGCAAAGCCCAGCCCAUCCAUGGGGGCAGCAGGAGAAGUGAAGCAGCAGGAAAAGUCAUUUGUAUGAGAUCACUUUGUUGGACGUCUAAACACCUUACAAUUACAUGCUUUAAAAAUGACAUCUAUAUAAGUAUUAUUUGAUUAGUUGGAUUUCUUCCAAAGAGGGGCUGAUUUCAUGUCCUGUUCUACCUGCAGCCAAAGAAGGGGCUUCUUAGCAGUACUAAAGCUUUAGAGUUAUGUCUUACUUACACUGUUGCCUAGGAUGAAGAUGUAUGCUAAUUAGAUUGUAAUCUACAAUUCAGCUCAAAAGUAUUCAUACUCCUGGCAGAUUUAGGAUUUGAAGUAAUAUUAAUGUUUUGUUGUGACCCAACCCGUCCCAUCCUAAAAAUUAGGGUGAUGGCUAUGAGGCCUUCCAACAUUAAAAACUUGGAAACAUGCACUAUUAUUUUGAACACACAAUUUUUUAUUUAAAUGUAAAUAAAAACUUUUGUUUUCCAAUUCAUAUUUCUUUUGUAUUUUUAUAUUUUCAGAGAACCCUCAUUUC